UUUCUGUCAGUGAAUGGAAGCUUUUGGAAAAUCCUUGGAAGGCUGAGUUUGUUACAGGUGGCCUAUGAUUCGUCAACCCUAUGACACUGAGAAGGUUGCUUAGCACCUCAUAGACUUUUUCCUGGUCAUUACCCAUAGGUGAGGAGCAAUUCUUUCACCCUGUAAAGAGGAAAACUUUCCCCCAACUAGUAGUCGAAGUGAGGCACUCUGUGGGACUUACUUCUUUGUGUAUUGUUCAGUUAGGAGAGAAGACCUUUCCUACAUUUAGUAUUUUAAGCCCCAAACUUUAGCACAAAGAGAAGGAUUUCCUUCCGGCUGAUAUGAGUGGCGAGGGUUGGGGAAUAAGGAUUUGGGAGCUCAGGGGAACUCAGUAGGAUCACUUGAUCCAAUGGUUUUCAAACCACAUUCCCUGGGGUUGUAGAAUUCUUUUGUGGCCAGUAGGUGUGUGGAAAGGGAAAGCUGAGAGGCAGGAUGCCAGUCCAAUGCCCCCACCUCCCCUUCUACCAGAGCUGUUCCAUCACAGAUCGGGCCUAGCCAUAUCCUCAUUUCACAGAUGAGGAAACUGAGGCCCCUAGGAGGGGUCAGAGUUUGUCCAAGAUCACAAAUUGAGAAGUGCCUGGCAAAGCCUAGACCCACAUCUGGUGUAGAAAAAAGCUGGGUCUGGUUGCAGAACCAGACGGUUUCUUUCAUUUCAACAGAAGACUAUGCAGCAGGCCAUUGUCCAAGAUACACAGGGGCCCAGAUCAUUGAUCUGAUGAUGCUGGUCAUCGACGUGACCAAAGGGAUGCAGACCCAGUCCGCGGAGUGCCUUGUGAUUGGACAGAUCGCCUGCCAGAAGCUGGUCGUGGUGCUGAACAAAAUAGACCUCUUAGCUGAAGGGAAGAGACAGGCAGCGAUUGAUAAAAUGACAAAGAAAAUGCAGAAGACCCUAGAGAACACCAAGUUCCGAGGUGCACCGAUUAUAUCCGUGGCGGCCAAGCCUGGGGGACCAGAGGCCCCUGAAACAGAAGCUCCACAGGGCAUCUCAGAGCUCAUUGAGCUCCUGACGUCCCAGAUUCCCAUCCCGACGAGGGACCCCUCGGGACCAUUCCUCAUGUCUGUGGACCACUGUUUCUCCAUCAGAGGCCAAGGCACUGUGAUGACAGGGACCAUCCUCUCAGGCUCCAUCAGUCUCGGCGACAGUGUGGAGAUUCCUGCCCUCAAGGUGGUGAAGAAGGUGAAGUCCAUGCAGAUGUUUCACAUGCCCGUCUCGUCAGCUAUGCAGGGAGACCGACUGGGCAUCUGUGUCACCCAGUUUGACCCCAAGCUGCUGGAGCGUGGCCUGGUGUGUGCCCCCGAGUCACUGCACACUGUCCAUGCAGCCCUCAUCUCUGUGGAGAAGAUCCCGUACUUCCGGGGGCCCCUGCAGACCAAGGCCAAGUUCCACAUCACAGUGGGCCAUGAGACGGUGAUGGGCCGCUUGAUGUUCUUCAGCCCUGCCCCUGAUAGCUUUGACCAUGAGCCUGUGCUAGACUCCUUCGACUUCUCUCGAGAAUACCUCUUCCAGGAGCAGUACCUAAGCAAGGAUUUGGCACCAGAGGUGACAGACAGUGGCGAGGCUGACAAGAAGACGGGCCAGGCCACGGUAGGCCACUGUCCUCGGCAGCAGUGGGCCCUCGUGGAGUUUGAGAAGCCUGUCACCUGUCCUCGGCUGUGCCUAGUGAUCGGCUCAAGGCUAGAUGCAGACAUUCAUGCCAACACGUGCCGGCUGGCUUUCCAUGGCAUCUUGCUCCACGGGCUGGAGGACAAGGACUAUGCCGAGAGUUUCUUGCCCAGGCUGAAAGUAUAUAAGCUCAAGCACAAGCAUGGCCUCGUGGAGCGGGUGAUAGACGACCACAGCGUGAUCGGCCGCUCCCUGUUCAAAAAGGAGACCAACAUACAGCUCUUCGUGGGCCUCAAGGUGCACCUGUCCACUGGGGAGCUGGGGGUCAUCGACAGCGCCUUCGGCCAGAGCGGCAAGUUCAAGAUCCACAUCCCUGCUCCCAUUGGCUGGACCCAACCAGAAACCAGAGGGCCACAGGAGCCCAUAUGCCUUCUGCAGAGGCCAGCCUCCCAGGCACACAGAGGAGCAGAGAAUGGAUCCCCAGGGGCAGCUGGAGAACUCCUAGCCCAGGGAGCCUCAAAGUCAAGCUUCAGUGCAUGUGUUUUAAUGUGGCCUCAGCCCCGAGUCCAAGAAGAUCCUGACGCCCACCCUCAAGAAGCGGGGCCGGGCCGGACGAGGGGAGGCAGCCAAGCAGGAGGAGGGGGCAGAGCGGCCCGAGCCCACACAGCACGUGGCCCUCAGCCUGUCUUUCAAGCGUUACGUUUUUGACACCCACAAGCGCAUGGUCCAAUCUCCCUGAACGUUCCAGUGACCUCCCCCGGGGCCACCUUGCCCAGGCCCCGGGCUGGGCCGCGAUGCCAAAUGCCCAACCAGAUGUGCCUCGACCCCCUUUAGUACAUCCCUCCCCAUGACUCUCGAGGCACGGGCCCCCGGGCCUGGCACGGAGCCCCAUUGAGAAGCCUGGAGGAUGCGGGGGCGGUGUCACCAGUGCUGGGGCCGAGAGGGUCUGUCCCUCCACCCUGGCACCCUCCCACCUACUGGUGGCCAGUGUCUCCCCAGCUGCCCAGCCGGCAGCCAUGUGAGGGCCAAUCCAUGCCCUGACCCCAGGUGGCCUGGCACUUGCCAGCUGCAAAUAAAUGUCCUGUGGUGUCUGCUCUC